CUUUUAUCCAAUUCUUCCUUCCUUUCUUUCCUCUCUCACUCUCCACUCUCACUUUGAAGGUGGUUACUAGCUCUUGGAUGUACUAUCCCGUCUUAUAGAGCUUCCAUCAUGAUCUCUACCCGCCUUGCGCGCGCUGGUGCGCUGGCCCCCAAGACCCGUCUUCUUUUCGGGACCCGGGCCUACGCUACCAUUGGCAAUGACCCCCUCGACAAGAAGGUCGAGAUGACCAACCACGAAACUGGCCACUACAUCAACUACAAGAAGAUGUCCGAGAACCUCGACAUUGUCCGUUCUCGUCUUCAGCGCCCUCUCACCUACGCCGAGAAGGUCCUCUACUCUCACCUUGACGAUCCUCAUGGACAGGACAUCCAGCGUGGUGCCUCCUACCUCAAGCUCCGCCCUGACCGCGUUGCUUGCCAGGACGCCACUGCCCAGAUGGCUAUCCUCCAGUUCAUGUCCGCUGGCAUGGAUUCCGUCCAGACCCCCACCACUGUCCACUGUGACCACUUGAUUGAGGCCCAGAUUGGUGGUGACAAGGAUCUUGCUCGUGCCAACGAGAUCAACAAGGAGGUCUACGACUUCCUUGCCUCCGCUACCGCCAAGUACAACAUCGGUUUCUGGAAGCCCGGUUCCGGUAUCAUUCACCAGAUCGUUCUGGAGAACUACGCUUUCCCCGGUGGUCUGAUCAUCGGUACUGACUCUCACACUCCCAACGCUGGUGGUCUCGCCACGGCUGCCAUCGGUGUCGGUGGUGCCGAUGCCGUCGAUGUCAUGGCUGGUCUCCCUGGGAGUUGA